GCCACGGAGACGGCAUGUUGUUCUGUUCUGUAGCUGUGUUAGAGUUCAUAAAAGCAUUCCCUUUUCACACCUGCCAUAUAAAAACGGGUCCAACUCAUCCUGACUUCUGCGACUUCUUGUGUGGGGGUGUUUAACUAACUGGAAAGUGAAAAGGUUUCAUGAAGCCAGUACAGUGAAAAGGGACACCUUUCGAUGAACUGCUGAACCCCAGGCUGCACUGUCAUACGCUGUUUUCAGACCAGCACGACAGACGUUGUUAAGUCAGCGUAAAGGCAUAGUGAGUACAUCAACACGAACAAUGGAGAACGCUGAAUCUACGGUUUCCCGGGCAAGCAGAUCGUCCGGAACCAGAUCGUCUGCCGCAAGUCUAACGUUAGCAGCUGCCACAGCACGUGCAAAAGCAGAAGCUGCCCAGGCCAGAUAGUGCCUGUGGUCAAGGCUCAUAUCGUUCAGUUUCGCUCCCACACCAACGGCACAACAUCAUUUUUACUUCAUAAAAUAGAUUUACUGGUAGUAAGUAAGAUACCAAAAGUUCGGAAAUUGACACCUAGCCCAUUUUGUGUAAUCGGUGUUGAAAGCCGGUACUAUUUUUCAGUGAGGCGCAGUGAUAUCUAGUGGGGAGUGGCGCGGUUUUGGUCACAUGGACCAAUCAGGUAGCAGCUUUAUUCUAACAACAUACCUGCUAUGGCGACGACAACAUCCGAGAGUGAAGAGGAACGAAAGACCUCAAAAGUUAGAAAAAAAGUGCGUAAAGAGGAAAAUAAAAGAUGCUAUAUGCAUCUUUCAUCUGUGAACAAUGAGGACGUCCAGCACUUCACUCGGACACGGUGGGACACAUACAGAAACUAUUUAAAACAGUGGCUUUGUCUGCAAGACCAGAACAAGCAUCUGGCAGAAAUCUAUAAACAUUGCUCGGAUGUAGAUUUUGACGCUAUUCCUGACGACGCUGGGUUUCACGCAACAUGCUACCGACGUUUUACAGAUAAAUCUGCAUUGUUUUAUGCCGAGAAAAGGACCGCACGGGCGGUGGGAGAACCAUCUGCAGCCGCAGGUCAGUCAGCAGGCACGUCUGAAACUCCCCGAAAGAAACUUCGAUCUCGUUCAGGUUUGCCCGUUGCUUCUGCCGGCCCCGUCCUGCCAGCCAUCUGUAUAAUUUGUCAAAAAGUGGAAAAGUACACUCGUGUGGGAGGAAAACGCCAGAGGGAUCAACUCACACAAGCAGAAACCGUGUCGGCAGGCCAGUUGCUGAAGGCAGCUGAGAUUAAGAAAGAUGCUGCCAUUCUUCUGCACAUCAACGACAAAGACUGUGUUGCUAUAGAGGUCCGGUACCAUAGGACCUGUUACAGACAGUACACCAGGUUCUUGUCACUGUCUACAGCAACGCACACUGCAACCAGAGAUGAAGAAAUACAACCCUUUGCUGACAGCUACAACCUCUUCUGUGACCAAGUGAUCCGUCAAAGGAUUAUAAUUGACAAAGAGGUGCUGAGAAUGGACAAGCUAAGGAAGUUGUUCGUGGACACCGUUAAGAAGCACGAAGAUCUUGAUGCUUCAGGCUACAGGAGGGAUAAACUGAAAAGAAGGUUGGUCCGUGAUUUCCCCCAGCUGGUUUUCCACUGCCCUCCCCAGCGCAACGUCUCUGAAAUGGUUUUUGUUGAGACAUUAUCGUUAGCAGACAGGGUACCUCUGCCAUCAGGCACAUCACCAUCAACUACCGAGUCAACUGAGGUGAGCCAAGCUGAAAGCCAAGCUGAAAGUGACAGUGAACACACGGCUAGUACAACAGCUGGUCAGAAUACCACGGAGAACACAAGGACACUUUACAGUGCAGGGCUGAUAUUGAAGCGCCUUCUAAGUGACUCUCCCGGUAUGAAAUGCCCGUGGCCUCCCACAGCAGAGGAUUUAAAUGUAUCUGAAGCUAAAUCUGUUGUGCCUGUUGAACUGUACAACUUCAUUGCCUGGAUUAUAGGUGCAACAGAAGAGCCAACACUAGCCUGUUAUGUUGAUGUUCCUGAUGAUGUGAAUCUAAAGGUUAUCUCUCUUUGUCAAGACAUUGUGUAUCUGGCAUCUAAAGGUCGAAAGCAGACACCCAAGUCAUUGUGUCUUGGUCUAACUGUUCGCCAUUUAACAGGUUCAUCAAAUGUUCUGUCACUGCUGAAUAGGUUAGGACAUUGUGCUUCACGGGACACAGUUGUCAGUCUUGACACUAGCCUUGCUCAGCUACAACUUUUAGAGGGUAGAAACAAAAUACCCAAGGGAUUCGCACAGAAGGCACCCACAAUACUGGUGUGGGACAACAUUGAUUUUGGGGAGGAGACACUGUCAGGUCAUGGAACUACUCACCACACAAAUGGCAUUAUGCUCCAAAGUUCUGUCACUGAAACUGUGUCGAGAACAGAGAGACAGCCACUACAGAAGGCAGUUAAAUCAUUCAAACCACCUCCUAGCUACCCCGUAGAACACUACCAACAGUCUAAAAGACACGGGCCACAGAACUUGAGUCACCAUGGAAGUGUUCCAUUGGAUGCAGAAACAUACAGGUUGAACACUGUAUCUGCUGCCAAAACUGAACUGGCAUAUGUUUCAGUAAAGUACACAGAUGCUGAAGCAUGCACAGUGCCAAGCUGGACAGGUUUCCAUACACUGCUCCAAAGUGGGGCCACUCUGCCAAAGUCAGCACUGUAUUAUCUUCCAGUCAUUGAGGCUUCACCGACGGAGAUGUCAACAGUUAACACGAUUUUGAAGCGAAGUGUUGAAAUUGCUGAUCAGCUAGCACUGGACCAUGUAGUGGUAGUUUUUGACCAGGCUAUAUAUGCCAAAGCUCAGCAAAUCCGCUGGAAGGACCAGGAAUUGACAAAACGCCUUGUGAUUAGACUUGGUGAGUUUCAUACUUGCAUGUCUUUCCUAGGGAUUAUAGGAAAAAGGUUUGGUGAUGCAGGACUGCAAGACAUACUCAUUGAGUCUGAAGUUGUUGCCCCAGGUUCCAUCAAUGGUGUGAUCAGUGGUCAUCAUUACAACCGCAGCAUGAGGGCACAGAAACUUAUGUAUGAGAGCCUGCAACGUGCCAGAUUCAGCACAUUCUUAGACUCUUUGACACCAGCGGGGAGAGAUGAGUGCAUGGCUGUCAUCAGUGAAAUCAAAGACACAUUCCCAGACAGAACAGUGGAUGUUUUGUGUGCAAACCAGAAAUUUGACCAAAUGUGUUCAAAGUAUGCUCUCUUUGUGGAAAAGAGAACUGCCGAAAACCCAACGUUUGCUUUCUGGAGUUCUUACAUUGACAUGGUGCAAAUACUCCUUCUGUUUGUGAGAGCUACACGAGAAUCAGACUGGCAGCUUCACCUGUCAACAGUGCGCUUGAUGAUGGCAUGGUUUUUUGCUUAUGAUCGUGUAAACUAUGCUAGGUAUUUGCCUACAUACUGGAUGGAAAUGGUCAACUUGCCUAUAACACACCCUUCUUGUCACAAAGACCUCAGUGUGAAAGGUCAGUGGACUGUUCAACAUCAAAGUGCCCAUGGAUUUGCCUCCAUUGCUUGUGACCAGGCUAUUGAGCAAACAUGCAACAGAGAUUCAAAGACAAAGGGUGGCUGGACAGGAAUAACUCUAAAUAGGGCUGCAGUGUCUCGCUGGAUAUUGUCACAACAUGAACGAGCUGCCAUAGCUAGACAAUGUGAGUCAAUGUCUGGAAAAUCCCCAGAAACACGAAGGCGAAAAGAUCUAGACCGCUCACGGAUUCAUGCCGAUGAAGAAGCUGUGACCAGAAUAAGUUCCACCAUUGAUUCCAUGCUGAACCCAUUUGACUUACACCAAGAUGGCAUUGUUUGUCUUAGCUCAGGGACAGUAGCAUCUGAAGGGGUCAAGAAGGAUUUGCUUGCAGCACCAGAAAGGGGGGAAGAAGCUGUCAAAGUCUUUAUUGACCAAAGACUGUUAACAAAAUCAGUCGACAUUUUUGCCCCCAUCAAGGCUCAAAAACUGAAGACCUUUAGUGACCAGGCAAAAACAAAGACAAAAUCUGCAGCAGCCAAAGAUGUCAUUCUGCGUGCAGACAAGAAACUUUUCUCCAGGCUACUCAUUAUUGGUCAAAGUAGAAAGGUAGACCUGAGGCAAAUUCUGUCCUACUCCUUGGGAACGGUUUCAUAUCCCUUAGCCAGUACUGAUGGGUCACUUGCUAAAACAGACAAAUCUGCCUUGAUGAAUAUAUUGGAGAACAAAGACAAAGACUGCUUAGUUCAGCAAGUUCCGUCAGAUGGAGCUAUUCUCUUCGAUGGCAUGGCAGUCAUUCAAGCCAUGCAUUCCAAACCAGCUACCUUUGGAGAGUUGGCUGACAACUUACUCCAGUACGUGGUCAAGAUAGCUCUGCAGCACAAGUGUACAAGGAUAGACUUUGUCAUUGACCAGUAUCCAGAAAUCAGUAUUAAAAACCUAGAGCGGUCACGGAGAGCUGAGGGUGGUACACAACAGGUGCAGAUCUAUGGACGGGAUCAGAAGGCACCCACACAGUGGAAAAAGUUUCUAUCUAAUGGGACCAACAAAGCAGCACUGGCAGAAUUCCUCUUUGUUGCAUGGCGAGAUGCUGAUCUCACCAUUUUGGGCAGGGACUUCAGCUUGUACAUAGCACAUGGAGAACUGUGUCACUGUGUUACUGUGAAAGAGGGUUCACAAACUGUCAGUGCUGUUCACGAACUGACAUGUGACCAUGAGGAAUGUGACACUAGGGUGUUUUUACAUGCACAGCAUGCUGCACAAGAACAUCAAACUGUUGUCAUCAAAAGCCCUGACACUGAUGUGGCAGUGAUUGCUGUAAGUCUUCAAAGAGCUUUACAGUGUAGCUUGUAUUUUUUCACGGGAGUAGGCAACAGAACGAGGAUCAUAGACGUGGCUAAGGUGGCAGCAGCUCUUGGCAACAGUGUUUGUUCUGCACUCAUUGGCAUCCAUACCUUCACAGGUUGUGACUCGACCAGUGCCUUUCAUGGCAAGGGCAAAAGGAAGACAUUUUCUCUUGCUUGUCAGAAAGACGAAUACCUGACUGCGUUCUCAAAUCUGGGCAGCAGUUUUAACCUUGACCAGUCUACGUUCAAAACACUGAGCAAAUAUGUGUGCCACCUGUAUGGACAGGCAUCUGCCAAAGACGUGAACGAUGCAAGAUACAAAGCAUUCUGUAUGGCAUCGUCAGCUUUGCCAGAACUGUCCAUUCCCCCAACAAGUGAUGCCCUCCACCAACACUGCAAAAGGGCAAACUACCAAGCAGCAGUAAUGCGACAUUCCCUGACUGGUAUGAUGUGUGCCCCUUCACCCAUUGGCAAUGGAUGGUACAUUGAGGAUGGGGAGUUAACAGUAAGAUGGAUGACUAGAAAUCCUGCCCCAGAUAGUGUGCUGCAGGUAGUCCACUGUGGUUGCAAGACAAGCAAAUGUGAAACAGAAAGAUGUUCAUGUAUGUCUGCAAAAAUGUCUUGUACUGAUUUAUGUCACUGCCAGAACUGUGGAAAUGUUUCAAAGGAAACAGAAGAAAGAGGUGCAUGGGAUGAUGACACAGAUGAAAGUGAUAUUGAUGAGUAAUUACGCACCAUGUCACCAUGUAAAAUUUGCCACUUUUGUUUCUUUAUCAAGAUGUUUGAUUAUCGAGAUGCCACACUGCCAUUUUAACGGUAAAGCUUAAAUAAUGUCUGUAUUACCUUUUUUUUCAAAUUUGUUUUGGUCUUUUGUGUGUGUUUGUGUGUGUGUGUG